AUGGCUGAAGAAAGAAACUUGAUGCUGACCCAAAUGAAAAACUCUGUUGCAAAACAUGGUUCUUCUACACAGGGUUACGGAAACCCUACACUAAUGAGGUUUUUGAUUGCCCAAUCAAUGGAAUCAGAUAACGCAGCAAAGAUGUUUGUUCAAUGGCGUAAAUGGAGAGAUAGUUUGGUUCCUAAUGGAUUGAUUUCAUCCUUUGAAGUUUGUGAUGAAUUGGAAAGUAGAAAGAUCUUUUUGCAGGGUUUGUCUCAAGAUAAGUUUCCUCUCAUGAUUGUUCAAGCAAACAGACAUUUUCCUUCCAAAGAUCACAAUCAGUUCAAGAAAUUUAUUGUACAUGUAUUCGACAAAACCAUUGCGAGUGCUUUCAAGGAACGUGAAGUAGGAAAUGAAAAGUUGAUUAUAAUUCUUGAUCUUCAGAAUAUUUCUUAUAAGAAUGUUGAUGCGCGUGCUUUAACUACUGGGUUUCAAUUUUUACAGAGUUACUACCCUGAACGUUUAGCAAAAUUCUAUAUUUUACACAUGCCAUGGUUUUUUGUGAGUGUUUGGAGAAUGGUUUCUGGGUUCCUUGAUAAGACAACAAAAGAAAAGAUUGUAAUUAUAAACAAUGAAGAUGAGAGAAAAGAGUUCAUAGAUCAAGUUGGGGAAGAGAUUCUCCCAAAAGAGUAUGGUGGAAGAGCAAAACUUGUAGCUAUUCAAGAUUUUGAAGUGACAUCCCUAGAUAAUGGAAGAACAAAUUGA